AUUCUUCCAAGAUCCAAACGCAAACGCACGCUAUGAUACAGUGACACUUUAACAUUCCGUAAUUCCCAACUUCCAAACCCCUGCUCCGCUCCCUCUUGUCCUCUCUCCAUUUCUUCUCCUGGUCGACGCGUCAAUCUUCUCCUCUAUUCCCCCCUCAACCAUUUGGCUUCCCUUCUAAGGAUUUUGCGGGAUUUGGAAAAGAUGAGUGACAAUUUGAUGGAUAAAGUCAAUGCCCUCGGUGAGCGCUUGAAGAUAGGCGGCACUGAAGUGGGACAAAAGAUCACCGCUGGGAUGAGUUCAAUGAGUUUCAAAAUGAAGGAAUUUUUCCAGGGCCCAAAUCAGGCAGACAAACUUGUUGAGGAAGCCACUGCUGAGACCCUUGAUGAGCCUGAUUGGGCCAUGAAUCUCGAACUCUGUGAUAUGAUCAACCACGACAGGGUCAACAGUACCGAAUUGAUCAGGGGGAUAAAGAAGCGGAUCAUGUUGAAGACUACUAGGAUUCAGUACUUAGCUCUGGUGUUGCUUGAAACUGUUGCAAAGAACUGCGAAAAGGCCUUCUCCGAGGUGGCAGCUGAGAGGGUACUGGACGAGAUGGUGAAGUUGAUCGAUGAUCCACAGACUGUGGUCAAUAAUCGAAACAAGGCUCUGAUGUUAAUUGAAUCAUGGGGAGAGUCAUCGAUUGAGCUGCGCUACUUGCCUGUUUAUGAAGAGACAUACAAGAGUUUGAAAUCAAGGGGUGUACGGUUCCCUGGUCGCGAUAAUGAAAGUCUGGCUCCAAUAUUUACUCCUUCAAGAUCUGAGACUGCUUCAGAAUCAAAUGCUACGCCUGCACAAAGCUUUUCAGCUGAACAAACAAAGGAAGCGUUCGACAUAGCAAGGAACAGCAUAGAGCUUCUGACCACUGUUAUAUCCUCAUCCCCACAGCAAGAUGUUCUCCAGGAUGACCUGACCAUCACGCUUGUCCAACAGUGUCGGGAGUCCCAGUACACUGUUCAGAGAAUAAUAGAAACAGCUGGAGAAAACGAGGCCCUUCUAUUUGAAGCACUGAAUGUGAAUGAUGAGGUACAGAAAGUUUUAUCAAGAUACGAAGACAUGAAGAAACCGCUGGCUGUGCCGCAAGAGCCAGAGCCAGCGAUGAUACCGGUUGCUGUGGAGCCAGAUGAUUCACCGCGUGCAGGGAAAGACGAUGGUCAAGGUCUAAUCAGAAAACCAGCAGCAGCAGGGGUGCACAGUGGUGGGGGGAGUAGUAAUGGAGAGAAGAACGAUGAGAUGAUGGAUGAUCUUGAUGAGAUGAUCUUUGGGAAGAAAAGUGGGUCUGGGGGACAAGAUUCGAAGAAGCAGCAGCAGCCGCCGCCGCCGCCUAAAGACAAAGACGAUCUCAUCUCCUUUUAAAGAUUAUAUUGUGAUUGAUAUUUGGAAAGUUUGCAAGGACUGUUUUUAUCUAUCUAUCUAAUUAAAAUCAUGAGACAAACCAGAAGAACCACCUGCGGGUUUGGUGUGAUUCGCAUAAGCAGAGGGAGGAGCAAAUCAGCACGUUUGUUUGUGUUUGAUUAUGAUUAGCAGUAGUGCUGGUGUUGUGAUGUUUGCACAGGCACACAGCAAGCAAGCACAAAGGCCAAUCAAAUAAACCAAAAUGGCAAAGGCAACGCCAUGUCCCAUGAUGCAUGAAGAUUUGGGCAUAAUCUGAGAGUACGUACAUCCUUCCUUCCUUACCUUUCCCCUUAUCUGGCGCAAACGCAAUUGAAGUCAUUUUCUCAAUGCGCAUACUUUUUAAGUCGUCAUUUUCUCCAUGCCUCUUCGAUUCAGUCCAGAGCAAUAGAGGCGCAAGCGGUAGGAGAUCCUUCGGUCUCUACAUGACUUAGUUGAAGAGUAGUCGGCCUACGUACUUUGAAUUAAAAAUUGAUUUCACUUUCCCUUGCAAAUAUCUCUUUCUUUGUCGCAGCUACUUCUUUCAAUGCAGAGGAAGAUAAUGAGAGCCUAUCCCGGCCUCGAAUCUCAUUCCAGAAGAUGAUGCCAUUGAAAUAGAAAGGAACCUAGAAGACACAUCAACGGACAGGGGCGGGUAGAGUAGGGACUUAUCUCAUUAGAUGCUUUUUAGGAAAUUUUGAACAUGAAUAUUUUCCUCUUAAACAAUACAAUCUAAAAAAUUUCGUCCACAAUAAACUAGACCAAAACAAAGAUA